UAAAAGAUGUUCUUUUGAACAAAUAAUAACCUUUUAUAACUUAUUAAACUAUUAUUAAAUUAAAUUUAAAUUCAAGAUGGUUGACAAUGACAAGUAUUGAAGCAUCCAGAGAAGUCAAUACGUUAGUAAGGAAGUGGCUACAUGGCGGAAAGGAGUCAUUAGAUCUUCCUGUCUCUCCUAAGGUUGUUUUCUGGGAAGGUAAACAAGGAAUUGGUGCUGGAUCACUUCCUGGAGCAAAAGCAUUUCAAAGAAGAGAAUCGCUUGCUGUUAAAGUGAAAAAAAAGCUUUUGAAUGCCAGGAGGAGGAAAGCAGAGCGUGAAGACUCUUUGCGACCCAGUAACGAAGUAGCUGAAAUGUCUUCCGAAAUUGAAGAAGAGGAGAGUAAAGGCAGCAUAAUGCUUAAAUCAAAAAAACGUAAAUCAAAUUAUGAGGAACGAACGGCAAAAAGGAAACGAUUCCUUACAACUGAUGCAAAUAAUAACCCACUCAAACCCUCUAUUAAUCCAUUAACAUUCACUGAUGCUGAAAGGCAUAGUGAUGCGACUUGUACCAGUCUGCCUGUUAAUGGUGGGCAUGGAGAGCUAAGUGUGAAAGGAGUUGGUCAGAAAACGCCAGGAAAGAUAAAGAACUUAAACAAGCAAAAACGGAAAAAAAGAAAAGGGAAAUUACAAAAGGACCACAGACACGAGUGUUAAAAAUUAUAUUUUAUGGAUAUUUGUACAUAGUAUAUUAAAUGCAGUUUAUAUUGUUCAGGAGCCAUAAAAA